GAGCCAAGUCGAGUUGAGUUUUUGCUUAGAUUGAGCACGACUUGUUUAUAAAUUUUACAGCUCAAGCUCGGCUCGAUUAAAAAUAAUCCAACUCGAGUUCGACUUGGUAGAGCUCGGUAAAUGCUCAUUAUCACAGCUUGUCAAGCUGAGUAUGAGCUCGAUUUGAGCUGAGCACGAUUUGAAAUCAUUCUUGUGGAAAAUUGUGGACACAUACGAAUUUAAAUGAUAAAAAUGAUAUUAGAAAUUAUAAAUAACAACUAACUUUCAUACACAUCCGAAUUAACAAGAUAAUGUUCAUGUUCAGAAGAGUUAAUUAAUCAUUCCACAAUCUCUAAACAGCCCAGCUUGCGAGCUUAUCUCAACAAGCCACCAAGUGAAGUUAACUCACGAGCUUAUCAAGCCGAGCAUGGUCUAGCUCAAACUUGGCUUGUUUCCUAACGAGUCGGUUCGCUAGCCAGCUUGUUAAAUAACGAGUAUCGAACGAGUUUUUUUUCGAUUCAACGCCGAGUUGCUAGCGAGCGGCUUGACUCAUUUGCAGACCACCAAGUGAAGCUAACUCACGAGCUUAUCAAGCUGAGCAUGGUCUAACUCAAGCUGGCUCCCGACAUGUUAAAUAACGAGCCGAGUGUCGAACGAAUUUUUUCCAAUUCGAACGCCGAAUUGCUUGCGACCGUCUUGACUCGUUUGCCGCCCUAAUAUUUACAAGUAGUAACUUCAUUUCUCCAUUACAGAGAGCUCCCCUAGAUCCUAUCCCCUACCCCACCACAGAUUCUAUCUACAAAACCAGAAACCUCAUUUCCCGAGCUCUCCGUCUUCUCCUCUUCCUCGCUAUCAGCAUUCCUUCAUUCUCCAUUUUCUCGGCUCAUGGCUUCUUCUUUUCCCCUGACUUCUAAGCAGUUCCUCGGCGGUACCAGACUCGACGGCGUCCUCGCUUCCUCCGGUCUCGGGAAGCUCUCCGUCGGUCCUCGCACCCUCAGGAGACUCCAGGUAAAUGCAGGUGGGAGUACAUAUGGGAAUCACUUCCGCGUUUCCACGUUUGGAGAAUCUCAUGGCGGUGGUGUUGGAUGUGUAAUUGAUGGAUGUCCUCCGAGGCUAGCCCUCUGUGAAGCAGAUAUGCAGGUGGAUCUUGAUCGAAGGAGGCCCGGUCAGAACCGGAUAACCACAGACAGGAAAGAGACUGAUACCUGCAAAAUAUCAUCUGGUGUUUCUCAAGGUUUGACAACUGGAACACCGAUUCAUGUGUUUGUACCCAAUGCUGGUCAAAGAGGGCAAGAUUACAAGGAACUGUUUUCAGCUUAUAGGCCUUCUCAUGCUGAUCUAACUUACGACUUUAAAUAUGGUAUCAGAUCAGUAGAGGGCGGCGGUAGAUCCUCUGCAAGAGAAACCAUUGCAAGAGUCGCAGCUGGAGCUGUUGCCAAAAAGAUUCUCAAACAAUUUGCUGGAACCGAGGUUCUUGCGUAUGUUUCUCAAGUGCACAAAGUUGUUCUGCCUCAGGAUGCGGUCGACCACGAGUCGCUGACACUUGAUCAGAUAGAGAGCAACAUAGCCAGGUGUCCAGAUCCUGAGUAUGCCGAGAAGAUGAUCGAUGCCAUUGAGACCGUCAGAGCUAAAGGAGAUUCAGUUGGUGGAGUUGUAACGUGUAUAGUGAGGAAUGCGCCAACUGGGCUUGGUUCACCGGUGUUUGAUAAACUUGAAGCCGAACUGGCCAAAGCUGCACUGUCACUACCUGCAACAAAAGGUUUUGAGAUUGGUAGCGGGUUUGCAGGUACAUAUCUAACGGGAAGCGAACAUAAUGACGAGUUUUACAUGGCUGGAGACGGUAGAAUAAGGACCAGAACAAACCGUUCUGGUGGUAUACAGGGAGGAAUAUCAAAUGGUGAAAUCAUACACAUGAGAAUUGCUUUGAAGCCAACACCAACCAUCGGCAAGAGGCAGAAUACAGUGACGAGAGAGAGACAAGAAAUGGAGCUAAUGGCUCCCGGCCGGCAAGAACCUUGUGUCGCCCCAAGAGCGGUACCGGUUGUGGAAGCCAUGGUAGCCCUGGUGCUGGUCGAUCAGCUAAUGGCACAAUUUGCACAAAACUACAUGUUCCCCAUCAAUCAGCAACUGCAAGAACCCUUUGAGCUGCUGCCGAGGCAUGAGCCUGCUAAUGUCUGAAGCCUUGCAAUCGAGAUUGGUCCUCUUCCUCUAUAUUUCGUGCCUAUUUUUGGUCCAUAACCAGCCAAGGAUUAUUUGCAGAAGCCCGUAGGAAGUUUGGGCUGAAUGCGGUGGUUACACAAGUUGAUGGGCUUAUUUUAUGUGCCAGCCGAAAUGCUCAAGUUGAUGAGGCAAGCCUGAUACUGUGGGUUGCAGAGCGUGGAUGUCAGCUUGUUAAUCCCAUGCUAGGCCCAAGGGCGGCCCAAAUUAGUAUUUUUGUUUAUCUAAGGCAAGCCCAAAAGGCGAAGUACAAUGGCCUCAAUUGCAAUACCUACUGCAACCGUAAUUUAUUGAGGUUUGAACUCCGAGAAGAAAAAGAGACAAAACACUAGCUCAAAUAACUGAAAAAAGAAUAACUGCGAAACUGUCAGGAUAAUACGUGUUUGUUUGUUAACAAUAUUCCUUACAAAUCUAACCAAUCCAUCAAUAUCUUCGAUUUAAUUAAACCCUUCAUCAUCGUUGAGUUGAGGUCAUUUGCUUUUUUGUUCAUAUAGAAUAUAAUCUGUAGGGGCACAAUCCCAGAAAAUCCUCAUUCAGACAUAAAUUAAAAGUUCGACAAUUGGCAGUAUAUUUAGUUCCAUGUACGGCCAUUAAUUAAUAGGCAUAGAAGCCAACCAGCCACAAGGAGAUCGCUAGAGCAGCCCUUAACUAUUAUAUGAAAAUCACUUUUCCACUUAAUUAAUUUGCAUAAUCACGUUGGCCGGAUUGGAUAAGCUAACUUCGACUCAUUCAUGAAUUCCGGACAUUAAUUAUAUUAUUUAAUUCAGUCGAACAUGUCUGGCUCUCUGAAAGAAUUUCUUGGCAAGCUCCAGACUCUGAAUGAACACCGACAUGUAUAAAUCCAAACCUCAGAGAAUCGAUUCGAUGGAUUUUUUUUUUUUACAAUUUCGACGUCAAUCGGGUUCAUCUCCAGCAGGCUUAUAUAUUCGGGAACACAACGGAAUUCGUUUGGAUCGAAUUUGGGAUCUGCAACUCCCAACCCUUCAUUGUCGGAACAGCUUUACUGUUAGACUAUCUUACCUUCGAUCGAUUCGAUGGAACUUUAACAAUAAAAAAAGAGACUAGUCCAAUACUUCUUUUUAUAUAUAUGCUUAAUUCAAACGUCACUGUUGAUAAUUAAGAGUACUCGUCACGAAAAAAGAAGAAAAGAUGUUAUGGGUUUACGUCAUGGGACACAUUUGAUAUGUUGAGUUAGCCAAUUACCCAAAAAGAAAAUAUCAUCCGUCAUUCAGAGGAUUUACAAGCCAUUUCAAUUAUUAUAUAUAAAAAGAGAUGUUUCCAUUAUGUGAUCAAGUCACGUAAUAAUAUGAUGACAAAGAGAUGCAUACAAUCGAUUCAAUCCAAUAACUAGAAUUAUUGGAAGAACUACAAACUCAAUAAUUUCUCGUGCUAAACAAUUGGCUCGAGAGAGCUCGGUUCAUUGGGUUGAGCCACUAAUCCAAUAACUUUCUUGGUAAAAAAGAAUCAAAUAUUUCUCAUGAAGAAAGAAGGGAAAACUUACGAACAAAGACUUGGUUUAGUGAUAAUAUACCACUAGCUUUCGACCUGAAAGUCACAAAGUUCGAAUCUCUUAAAUAGUACCUAAAUAAAUAAAUAAAAUUUAUUACUUUUAUAAAAAAAUGAAGGAAGGGAAGCUUAGGAACUAUGUAAUUUAUUUGAAAACAAAUUAAAAAGAGGAGAUAGACAUGCGUGUAUGCACACGAAUGGGCUAGUCUUUUUUUUUUUUUUUUUAACAUUUUGGAUUAGGUUGUACUCUUAUCUCUAUGUGCUGUACAAUUAGGACCUCCCUUUUCCAAGCGUCCUAAUCCAUAUUAAAGAUAAGGGUAUGCAAAUGCCAACGAGAGCCCCUAAUAAUUAUGUGGUGAUCCCUCUAUUCAUCUGCCUAUUAAACAAUUAAAAAACCCAUCCCUUCAAUAAUGAUGAUAAUAAAGUAGCUAGAUUCCGAUUGAUGAAAAGAGCAAGGUUAGGUCCUCCCUCCCCUUCAUUUUUAGGGACAAGACCCGUGAUUAAUUUUGUAAUUAAUUAUAUAUUAAUUGUCAUCUUGUUUACGAUAUAUGAAAUAGAGGAGAGGGAGACGUUUGCAUUAUUAUUAUGGAAUGGAAUAGGGACAAACAAGACAGUGAAAGAUAGGUGACCAAACAUUACAUUAGGAAACAAAUUAAAGAGAGAUGGGUAUCGAUCAAUAGAUGCACUCUCUAUUAGAUUUUGGAUUUGGAUUUGGAUGGGUAGAUGUAGUUAUGCACCAAAAAAGUCCCAAUCCUCACCCAAUUGACCCCAAAUUAUGUGUUUGUGACACAUCACAAGUUUUGGAAAUGCAGCACUCCACCACCACACACAGUCCCCACAUCUGGGCAAUUCUCUUCAGUUGUUGUUGUUUCCUAAUCAUUAUUGUGAAAUGUGAUAAAAAUAUAAUUGCAAAAGGUUAUAAGAAUUUACAAGUUAUGACAUAAGGCUAUUAUUUCCAAAUCAUCAGAUCAAGUAUCUUGGUAUUCAAAUAACAUUAUAUGACUGCUCAAACAUAUACCAAUAUUCAGGGUCAAGGGAUAUUCAAUGCAUUAAAGAGAAAUAUUCAGUGCACACUAAAAAUACUCAAAUGCAAGAAGAAGAAAAAUUCUAUAAAAUUGAACACACGAGAAAAGAAGAGUCUUCUCUGUUAGCUCAAUUAUCGAUCGAUUUUUUAUUAUCUAAUUUUGUCGAAUCAUUUGAUCAACGGCCAGUCUACAAAUAAUCAAUAGCCAACUAUAUAGUUGCAGUAAACUGACUAAAAAAAGGCGGAGUUCCUACACCAACUACCUUUGCCUAGCGUAGCGUACGAUAAGCUCAUCUCGAAAGUAAGUCUACCCUCGUUCUAGAGCAAAAGUAAAGAAGGACUCGACUCGACGGUUGUAGCAAGACAGGUUGUCUUUGCUCUAUCCCUGAGUCAGUUAACAUAAAUACAAAUUAUUUAACGUUUAACCAAUAACCAAAUAAAUUGUUUGCAGUUUU